AUGUCCGACUCGCCCGAGAUCAUUGAGAGUUCGGGAUUGACGAUGCCUAAGCGUGAUUAUGGGCCAUUUGCCAGUGAACUUGGUCGCGAGCUUUAUCGGAAGUUGUUCUCAUUCCCUCCAAGAGAUCCUGCGAGGGACGAAUGGAUAAAGGGGUUGACGGAAGCUGAGCGUGAUGCAUUUAUUGCUGAGGUAGAUCGAGAGUUCAAGCGAGCUGAAGAGGAGAAUCGAACAUCCGUGCCCCGGCGAUACUGGUCGUACACGAAGAACGUCUGUGGCCGUGAUAAGGACGCUAUGGCCUGGGAGUAUGGGGUCAUGGAUGGUAAUUAG